AUGACGCGCGCUCUUGAUCCAUGGCUCCCGUUUUCUUGCCCUCUGCCCUCGGCGAUGGCGCGGUGGGGGGCCCAGCGGGCUGGCGCGGCGGGGCGGCUGGCGCUGGCGGCGCUCGCAGUGCAGCUCUGCGCCGCUGCUGGCCAGGAGGAGGCCUCCGCGCGGAGCGCGACGGCGGCCCCGCCGCUGCGGGGCCCGCUGCCGGGCAAGAUAGGGGUCGUCGGCGUGGGGACCAUCGGCUCCGCGCUGGUCCAGGGCAUCCUGCGGGCGCCGCCCAGCCGCCUCGCCGACCCCCCGCCGUUCGUGCUGUCGCCCCGCAACGCUGCGAAGGCCGCUGCGCUGCGCGCCGAGUUCCCGUCCAAGGUCACCGUGGCCAGCAGCGACCAGCAGGUGCUCGACGAGGCGGCCCUGGUGGUGCUGGCGCUGCCCGGCUCCACGGCCGAGGGGGUGCUCCAGGCGCUCCGCUUCCGGCAGGGCCUCCAGGUCGUGUCGCUGAUCGCCGCGGUGAAGUUCCCCCGGCUGGAGGCGCUGCUGGGCCCGGGGGUGAACUGCACUGUCGCCCUUCCAAUGCGGGCAGUGCCAAGGGGGCAGAGGGGCGUGACGCUGGGAUUCCCGUGGCGCCCGUACGCGGAGGCGAUGUUCUCCGUUACUGGCUCCUACACCGCUGCCGACAGCCUGGAGGAUUUCACCAGUCACUGGCUGCAGUGGGGGCCUUCAUGGGGGACUUUUACAAGAGGCAGCUGA